AUGAAACCUUCCAAAUGUGAACUUUUCAAACAGUCAAUUUCAUAUCUUGGACAUGUCAUUUCAGAGGCUGGAAUCUCCACUGACCCAGAGAAAGUUUCUGCUGUGGUGGAAUGGCCAAGACCUACUAAUAUCAAGGAAUUGCGACAGUUCCUAGGAUUCAUUGGGUACUACCGCAGGUUUGUAGAGAACUUUGCCAAGGUUGUUGCUCCACUGAACAACUUAUUGCGUGGACAUGAAACCAAGACCAGUAAAAAGCAGAAGAAAUAUGGAAGGAUGAACCAUAAACCAGUGCCAUGGAGAUGGACGGAUGUAGAGGAAAUGGCUUUUACCAUCAUAAAAGAUAAGUUAACGUCUCCAUCCAUAUUAGGUUUUGCUGACUAUUCAAUGCCCUUGAGUUGCAUACGGAUGCCAGUUCCAAAGGUUAAGGAGCAGUCUUGUAUCAGAACCAAGGAGGAAUAA